GUCCCGGAGUCAAUGGAUUCCUUUGACUCUUCCUUCUUCUUCCUCACCUUCGUCUUCGGUGCUCGAGCAAACCAGAGCGACAACGAACUUGCAUGGAAACAACAUUGAAGCGCGCGAUUCGAAGCAGCUUUGAAUGACAGAUUUGCAGCAAAUAUUGUCUCUCUGAAUAGUGGAAGAGAUGCAGACGCUGGGCAAUUUCAAGUUACCUCCAUUCUUCAAUUACCCUCCUUAUUUCACCUUGCAGCCAGUAAGGGACACGCGAGAGAAGCAAGUGCAACUCUGGAAGGAACUUAUCCUUGAUUACUGUAAAACGCAAAAGAUAUUUGUGAUUGGAUUGGAAGAAGAGUUUCCACUGUUUUCAAAUCCUGCGAUUGAGAGAUCUCUUACUCAUGAAGCAAGGCAAGCAUUCCUUGCUGCCAUAGUUUCCGAAGGACGUGCAGAAUGGUUGGAUAAAGGACAUAGGAAGUGUCUUAUUCUCUGGCACCGCGUUCAAGACUGGGCUGAUAUUAUAUUAAACUUUGUGAAAGAUAAUGGGCUGGAGGACUCUGUGAUGACGGUUGAGGAAAUACGUUCUGGGCCUGAAUCACGGGGGACAGAUCUUCAAGGCGUGGAUCGCAUCAUCCUCAUGCGAGCUUUGAAACUACUAGAGCACAAGGGGAAGCUUGCGAUUUUCAAAGGGACUUCUGCGGAUGACGAAGGCAUCAAGUUCUCUAGUCGAUGAUGAUGGAUGCACGGUUUUAUUUUAACUUCUAGCAUCUGCAACGGCACAUUUACCGUUCCUGGAUGCUUUUAUUCAAUCUUUCUACAGGUUUUUGCGUAAGAAAAACACUAUAGAAUCUCCCUCCUACUUGUGGACUAACUCUACAAUGUGCAAGGCAAUAGGAGAGGAGUGCCAGGAAACCAGGGAAGUGGUACGUUGAUACCCAUCUCUUCCACGGAUCAGAAAAAUGGCAUUUUGAAUCA